AAGGGAGAGCGCUCGCCGCCGGUUCUCGCCGCGUCCUCCGCCCCAGCCCGAUCCCCUCGCGGAGGAGCCCGCGGCGCGCCUCGGCUAAGAAAAAAUGACUGCAAUCAAGCAUGCAUUACAAAGAGAUAUUUUCACACCAAAUGAUGAACGUUUACUGAGCAUUGUGAAUGUCUGUAAAGCAGGGAAAAAGAAGAAAAACUGUUUUUUAUGUGCCACAGUGACAACUGAACGUCCAGUGCAGGUGAAUGUGGUGAAAGUGAAGAAAUCUGAUAAAGGAGACUUCUACAAAAGACAAAUUGCUUGGGCUCUUCGAGAUCUUGCUGUGGUAGAUGCCAAAGAUGCCAUCAAAGAGAAUCCAGAAUUUGAUUUACAUUUUGAAAAAAUAUACAAGUGGGUUGCCAGCAGCACUGCAGAAAAGAAUGCAUUUAUUUCUUGUAUUUGGAAACUGAAUCAGAGAUAUCUUCGAAAGAAAAUUGAUUUCGUCAAUGUUAGUUCACAACUUUUAGAAGAACUGCCUAAAGUUACAGAAGAAUCUGUUCCAAGUGGAGAGAAUCAGAGUGUGACAGGAGGAGAUGAAGAAACUGUAGAUGAGUACCAAGAGUUAAAUGCAAGAGAAGAGCAGGAUAUUGAGAUAAUGAUGGAAGGCUGUGAAUAUGCUAUUUCUAAUGCUGAAGCUUUUGCAGAAAAAUUAUCACGAGAGCUGCAGGUGCUAGAUGGGGCAAAUAUCCAGUCAAUCAUGGCCUCUGAGAAACAAGUGAAUAUCCUGAUGAAGUUGCUGGAUGAAGCUCUUAAGGAGGUGGAUCAGAUUGAACUGAAGCUGAGCAGUUAUGAAGAAAUGCUACAAAGUGUGAAAGAACAAAUGGAUCAAAUCUCAGAAAGCAACCACUUAAUUCAUCUUAGUAACACUAAUAAUGUAAAGCUCCUAUCAGAGAUAGAAUUCCUUGUGAACCACAUGGACUUGGCAAAAGGCCACAUAAAGGCGCUUCAGGAAGGAGAUCUUGCUUCUUCUAGAGGCAUUGAGGCCUGCACCAAUGCAGCUGAUGCUCUUCUACAGUGUAUGAAUGUAGCUCUCCGUCCAGGACAUGACAUGCUUUAUGCAGUCAAACAACAGCAACAGCGUUUUGGUGAUUUGAGAGAGCAAUUUGCCCGGAGACUCGCCAGUCAUCUUAACAAUGUUUUUGUUCAACAGUUUACUCAGGCCCUUCUUCAGCUCUAUAGCAGGUCCAACUUUCUUUCAGUUCCUGGACAUGACCAGAGUUCUACUCUUGCACAGCACUCCAUUGAAUUGACAUUGCCUAAUCACCAUCCCUUCCACAGAGACUUGCUCCGAUAUGCCAAAUUGAUGGAGUGGCUAAAGAGUACAGAUUAUGGAAAAUAUGAGGGACUAACAAAGAAUUACAUGGAUUAUUUAUCAAGGCUGUAUGAAAGAGAAAUAAAAGAUUUCUUUGAAGUUGCAAAGAUCAAGAUGACAGGCACCACUAAAGAAAGCAAGAAGUUUGCUACACUGCCUCGAAAAGAAAGUGCUGUCAAACAAGAAACAGAGAGUCUUCAUGGAAGUUCUGGGAAAUUGACUGGAUCUACAUCUAGCCUAAAUAAACUCAGUGUUCAGAGUUCUGGGAGUCGUAGAUCUCAGUCAUCUUCUUUGUUGGAUAUGGGAAACAUGUCUGCCUCUGAUCUUGAUGUAGCUGACAGAACCAAGUUUGAUAAGAUCUUUGAACAGGUUCUGAGUGAAUUAGAACCUUUAUGUCUAGCAGAGCAAGAUUUCAUAAGUAAAUUUUUCAAACUGCAACAACAUCAAAACAUUCCUGGAACUAUGACUGAAACAGAAGAAUUGGAUGGAGGAAUGUUAUCACGACAAUAUAGUUCUGGCGUACUACCAUCUAUAUCAUCUGAGAAAGAUAUGAUCCGCCAAAUGAUGAUUAAAAUAUUUCGCUGCAUUGAGCCAGAACUGAACAAUCUGAUUGCAUUAGGAGACAAAAUUGAUAGCUUUAACUCUCUCUACAUGCUGGUCAAAAUGAGUCAUCAUGUAUGGACUGCGCAAAAUGUGGAUCCUGCUUCCUUUCUCAGUACCACAUUGGGAAAUGUUCUGGUGACUGUAAAAAGGAAUUUUGACAAAUGCAUUAGUAACCAAAUAAGACAGAUGGAAGAAGUAAAGAUCUCAAAGAAGAGCAAGGUGGGGAUUCUUCCAUUUGUUGCUGAAUUUGAAGAAUUUGCAGGGCUUGCUGAAUCGAUUUUCAAAAAUGCAGAGCGUCGUGGAGAUCUAGAUAAAGCUUACAUAAAACUUAUAAGAGGAGUCUUUGUAAAUGUGGAGAAAGUAGCAAAUGAAAGCCAAAAGACUCCCAGGGAUGUGGUGAUGAUGGAGAACUUCCACCAUAUUUUUGCAACUCUUUCUCGUUUGAAAAUCUCAUGCCUAGAAGCUGAAAAAAAAGAAGCCAAACAGAAGUACACAGAUCAUCUUCAGUCUUAUGUUAUCUAUUCUUUAGGACAACCUCUCGAAAAACUAAAUCAUUUCUUUGAGGGUGUUGAAGCUCGAGUAGCACAAGGUAUAAGAGAAGAAGAAGUAAGCUACCAACUUGCAUUUAACAAACAAGAACUUCGUAAAGUUAUCAAAGAAUAUCCUGGAAAGGAAGUGAAGAAAGGACUAGAUAAUCUCUACAAGAAAGUUGAUAAGCACCUUUGUGAAGAAGAGAAUUUGCUUCAGGUGGUAUGGCAUUCUAUGCAAGAUGAAUUUAUACGUCAGUACAAGCACUUUGAGGGUUUGAUUGCACGAUGCUAUCCUGGAUCUGGUGUUACAAUGGAAUUCACUAUUCAGGACAUUCUGGACUAUUGUUCUAGCAUUGCACAGUCACAUUAGACUCAACAAAAGAAAAGCUAGCAAUGUUCUAAAAAUGCCAGACAGUAUCCAGAUAUAUCAACCUACAUGUUUCACAAACUUGGAUUUGUAAAUUUAUAUAUUAUUAAAUGUUGGUAAAUGUCAGAUAAAUAUAUAGUACCCAACUACAGAUAUUAAAUGCAACAUUACAGAUCCUAAGUAGCAGCAACAUUGUUCGCUUAUUAGGUUAUGUACUAAUUUAACGUAAUAAUUUUCUGUUCCUUUAAAUUGCACUUAUUUUUCUAUCAUUGUGCAGGAGAUUUACAUUUGUGGGUCCCUUUCUUGGUAAUGAACAUUGUAACCUGGAGUAUGUGAAGUACAUUGGAAAUACAGUGGACACUCCAACUUUAACUCAUUCUCUUUCUUGAGAAUCAUGUAACUUUUAAAAUACUGUACAGAACUGUUUUAUUUUGCAGUUUCGUGUGGUGUGUGUGUGUGUGUGUGUGUGUGUAUGUAUGUGUGGUGUGUGUGAAGAGCAAAGGGAGUUCAUUGGAAUAUUUGUAAGCUAAUGUUUUGAGGAUUAUGUAACUCAUUAAAAUGUACUGACAGUGAAGUAGA